UCUCUUCUGAGUUCCAGCCUUAGUGACCUGUCUCUACCGCUCCAGGACUGAGGAGGCCUCUGUCUCUCCAGGUGACAGCGAUAUGGCCGUGCCACAGGCUUUUCCACCGGGUUCCAUGCCUGCACCUGCAGGGGCUCAAAUAGAGCCUCAGCCCAGUUUUCCGAGCUUGGCUGAAGGCUUCCUGAAGGAGGAGCUUCGGCUUAAUACUGAGCUGAGCCAGCUGCAGUUCUCGGAGCCCGUGAGCAUCAUCUACAAUCCUGUCCAGUACGCCUGGGAGUUACAUUGCAACUAUGUCACCCGCUACUGCCAGGGCCCCAAGAAAGUGCUCUUCCUCGGCAUGAACCCCGGGCCCUUCGGCAUGGCCCAGACUGGGGUGCCCUUUGGGGAAGUGAAUGUUGUCCGGGACUGGCUGGGCAUUGUGGGGACAGUGAUGACCCCUCCUCAAGAACACCCGAAGCGACCCGUGCUGGGCCUGGAGUGCCCACAGUCUGAGGUGAGCGGGGCCCGGUUCUGGGGCUUCUUCCGGAACCUCUGUGGACAACCCGAGGUCUUCUUCCAGCACUGCUUUGUCCACAACCUGUGUCCCCUGCUCUUCUUGGCUUCCAGUGGACGCAAUCUCACCCCUGCAGACCUGCCCGCCAAGCAGCGUGAGCAGCUUUUGGGGGUGUGCGAUGCUGCCCUCUGCCGGCAGGUGCAGCUGCUGGGGGUGCGGCUUGUCGUGGGCGUGGGGCGGCUGGCUGAGAAUCGGGCUCGGCGGGCUCUAGCGGGUCUCAUGCCCGAGGUCCAGGUGGAGGGGCUCUUGCACCCCUCCCCUCGUAGCCCUCAGGCCAACAAGGGCUGGGAGGCAGCCGCCAAGGACAGACUGAAUGAGCUGGAACUGCUGCCAUUGCUGAUGAAGUGAGUGGCCCCCGGCCUUGUACCAUUCAGGGACACCCAGAUAGAUCCAUACACCUGGAAUUGAGCCUCAGUGCCCCCCCCCCCCCCCAUGGCAGUGCCGGCAUCAUUGCCCUUGUCUUUUUGUACCUUCCUCUCCAGACAUGCUCCCGGCUUUUCUCUGGGUUCCACUGAGUCUGAGGGAGCAGCCGUGCCAGUCCUCACCAUGCCAACUGACCCUUUUUCCUCACUGGGGCCAGGACAGUGGUGGAUGGACACAGCGAACCUCUCCUCAGAGACUGAGGCUGGUUUGGAUGGAGGAAGAAUUCAUUAGCAGAGUGGGAAAGGCCUGGAUUUCCUGUUUUCCUUUUUGGUUUUGGGGAUCAUACUCGGUAGUGCUCAGGGCUUACUCCUG